ACCACCCAUUCAUUCCUCCACCAAACACAAGACUUACUUAUUAUACAUUUCAUUUACUUGUUUCCCCUUCAAAAUUGGGAUUACUUUAUUUGACUACUUUAGUUUUUUUUUUUUUUCCAUGUUCAAUUUUUAUCUGAUUCCAAAUGACAUGCGGUUUCUACAUCCCUUCCAAAAUUAGAAGGCACUAGAUUUAGCUUCUAUAUUCUCUAUAAUUUUCCUGGGAAUUUCUCAUUGAUAUCGUUCCGGAUUAAGAGUUUCGAUUUCAAUCGUUUUAUUGUUUGAACAAAGAGGAACAUUGAACACAGUGCGGUGAGAUGGCGAAAGGGGGUGAUGUGUUGAAACCCUUCAAGAUUUUCGUGGGUUAUGAUCCACGCGAAGACGUCGCUUACGAGGUUUGUUGCCACUCGAUCUUGAAGAAAGCUUCGAUCCCAGUUGAGAUCACACCGAUCAAGCAAUCAGAGUUGAGAAAAAACGGGUUGUAUUGGCGUGAAAAGGACCAAUACGAGAGCACAGAGUUUUCGUUUUCGAGGUUUUUGACUCCAAAAUUGGCGAACUACGAAGGUUGGGCAAUGUUUGUGGACUGCGAUUUCCUCUAUCUUGCAGAUAUCAGAGAGCUGAGAGAUUUGAUCGAUGACAAGUAUGCUGUGAUGUGUGUGCAACAUGAUUAUGCUCCAAAGGAGACAACAAAAAUGGAUGGGGCAGUGCAAACUGUGUAUCCCAGAAAGAAUUGGUCUUCUAUGGUGUUGUACAAUUGUGGGCACCCCAAGAACAGUGUUCUGAGUCCUGAAAUUGUGAACACACAAACCGGUGCUUUUCUUCACAGGUUUCAGUGGCUGCAAGAUGAUGAAAUUGGGUCGAUUCCUUUUGUUUGGAACUUCCUUGAGGGACAUAACAAGGUUGUUGAGAGUGACCCCACUACUUUUCCUAAGGCUGUUCAUUAUACUCGUGGAGGACCAUGGUUUGAAGCUUGGAAGAAUUGUGCUUUUGCUGACCUAUGGCUGAAAGAAAAAGAUGAUUACCAGAAUGAGGCCAAAAAAGCUAUUACAAAUUAAAUUAUCUGGUUUAUGUGAUCACAUUAUUCAAUACAUUGCAUGGUGAAGUUUCUGGAAUGAUGCAAGUUGUAUAUAAUUAGUAUUUUUUUUUUCUUCUUUGUAUUAUAUUUAUCAAUAGGUCUAACUUACUGUUGGACUUGGCAAUAAGUUGUAUACUUUGGUUUAUUUAGAGUGAAUAAAAUUAUUCCUAUGGUGGUGUGGAAUAAAUAAACACUAUAGCCAGA